AUGCCAAACCCAGCAAAAGAACAAUGGUUGAAAGUAGCUGAUCGUUAUUGGGAACUGUGGAACUUGCCUAACUGUGUAGGAGCUAUUGAUGGGAAACAUAUCAAAAUUAAAGCACCACCCAAUUCAGGUUCAUCGUUUUACAAUUAUAAGGGAUAUUUCUCAAUAGUUUUGAUGGCUGUAUCAGAUGCAGAUGGAUUAUUUUUAUCAGUUGACAUAGGUGAAUAUGGAAGGAAUAGUGAUGGAAGAGCAUUAAAAGAAAGUGAAUUUGGAAAAGCUUUAUUUAAUGAUCAGCUAAGUCUGCCUGAGCCUACAUAUUUGCCAGGAGAAGAAGACAUUUUUCCUUAUUAUUUUGUAGCUGACGAAGCUUUUCCAUUAACCGACCACAUAAUGAGACCAUAUCCGCGCAGACAACUAACAAAUGAAAGAAGAAUUUACAAUUAUAGAAUUUCAAGAGGCCGAAAAUCAGUCGAGUGCGCUUUUGGUAUGAUGGUAUCAAAAUUUAGACUUUUGGAGACACCAAUACAUUGUAGUGUAAACAAUAUAGAUUGUAUCGUACAAGCUGUUUGUGUAUUACAUAAUUUUAUACGAAUUCAUGAUGGAUCAUUUACACAAUCAGAUAAACCGCAAAUUCAAUCGUGUUACCAAGAGCAAUUAAAUCAAAACCAAAGUAAAUUGAAUAAUCAGAGACCUACAAAUAAUGCAGUUAAUUUAAGAAAUCGUUUGUGUAACUUUUUUUCAAUUCAUCCUUUACCAUGGCAAGAAAAAUACACUGUCUAA